AUGGGCUUGGAUAUCCAAUUUUCAAACGGACAAGUCAAAUGGAUAGACAAGUUCAUUCCAAUGAAAGCUCCAGAUCAUUGGCAAAAUCACACCAACUACUCAAUGGCAUUGGAUUGCGAUGUUCUGGAUAUCUACAAUGAUGAUGAUGCUGAUGAUGCCUUUAUCAUGGAUGCGAAAUAUGAAGCUACUUCAGGUGCUGAAGUUGCUGACAAGCAAAAGCAUCUAACUGAAGAUCAGCGCAAACUUUUGGCUCAAGCGUUGCAGAAUACAGACAAGAUUUUUGAUGGUCAACUCGGCCAUUACAAGCAUGAGAAGGUUCAUUUGGAGCUCAUUGAGAAUGCGCAACCCGUGUUUUCAAAAGCGUAUUCUGUGCCGAAGCAACAUGAACCUGCAUUCCUCAAAGAGUUGAAACAUCUACAAGAGAUUGGAGUCCUUGAACGAACAGGACCGUUAGAAUGGGCGUCGCCAACAUUCAUCAUUCCAAAGAAGGACGGUAGGGUGCGAUGGAUCAGCGAUCUCCGACAGCUGAACAAGAAUGUCAAGCGUAAAGUAUACCCCUUGCCUUUAAUUGAUGACAUUGUUGCGCGUCAUUCUGGCUACAAGUAUUUCACAAAACUUGAUCUCACAAUGAUGUAUUAUUCUUUUGAAUUGGAUGAGCCGAGCAAAAAACUUUGCACGAUCAAUACCCAGUACGGUUUGUACCAAUACAACCGAAUGGCAAUGGGAUUGAAACCGGCUCCUGAUUUUGCCCAAUACUAUAUCGAAAAAACUCUACGCGACCUAAAAGAAAAAGGUGUUGAAAUUUAUAUUGACAAUGUUGGCCUGUUCUCCAAUUCCUACAAAGAAAAUAUGGCCUUGAUCCAAGAAGUGUUGCAGCGACUACAAGCUGCUGGGUUCAAGAUCAAUCCCUUGAAGUGCGAGUGGUGUGUCCAAGAAACUGAUUUCUUGGGCCAUUGGUUGGCUCCUGAAGGUGUCAAGCCGUGGAAGAAAAAGAUUGAUGCCAUCCUCAAGGUGUCAGCGCCUAUGAAUGUAACAGAAUUGCAGCUCACAGGCAAAGGAAUGUUUGAAUGGACUGAUGAAUGUGCAAAAGCAUUUGCUGAAAUGAAAGCUAUCAUGGCUAGCGAUUUAAUGAUGCGCUACCCCAAUCCAAACAAACCCUUUGAAAUCUAUACUGAUGCGUCUGACUACCAGAUGGGCGCUGUAAUCAUGCAAGAAGGUAAACCAGUCGCCUACUGGAGUCGUAAGCUCAAUGCUGCACAGCGCAAUUACUCUGUGAUGGAAAAAGAAAUGUUGGCUGUUGUACAUUGUUUAAAGGAAUUUCGGUCUAUGGUAUAUGGUGCCAAAUUAACUAUUUUUACUGAUCAUAAAAAUCUCACCAUGCAAACGUUGAACACACAACGAGUUCUUCGUUGGCGUAUGUUUGUUGAAGAAUUCGGCCCCAAUUUCGUCUAUUUGCCUGGAAAAGAUAACGCGAUUGCUGACUGCUUCUCUCGGCUUCCGCGAAUGGAGAAGCCGUCUGAAGGGAAGAGCCCAAAUAAGGGUAAAUUGAUUGCGUUUGAUAAAUUACAGGUUUCUGUUGAUCCUGAAGACAAAAUCUACACGUUUGAAGAUAAUGUUCUUGUAAAAGAAAAUGAUUUGAUUACGCCACCAACAGAAGCCGAGUUCAACAGUACUUUUCGAUGUCAGUUCUCCUGUUGCCGAGAUGGAGAUACUCAUGAACACCUGACCAUUGACGACAUUGAAAUGGAAGAGUCCUUUUUGAAUCAUCCUCCUCUACAAACGAUGCCAAACCCAAUCACAAUGCCAAACAUUCAACAACAUCAAACUCAAGAUCAACUGCUCAUGCAACGAGCUCAACGCGAUGCACAGCACUACCAGAUCACGACAAUUGACGAGCGACUCAUCAUCACCUAUCAAAUCGAUCCUGCACGUCAAGAUGAUUGGAGAAUUUACUUGCCUUUGAGUUUGGUUGAUGAUGUGAUCACCUGGUAUCACCUUGUGCUUGGACACAGAGGAAAAACGUCAAUGUAUGCUACGAUUGCAAAGCGAUUCUACUCUCCUGGAUUGAAGCAACGAAUUGAACGAUUCAAUUGUGAAAUUUGCCAACUCAAUAAAGCGGCAAAUGUUCAAUACGGACAGUUACCUGAACAACACGCGGAUUUGGUUCCAUGGUUCUCCGUUGCUGUUGAUUUGAUUGGUCCAUGGAAAAUUGACGUCAACGGUAGAGAACUUGAAUUCAACGCGUUGACUUGUAUUGAUCUCGUGACAAAUCUCACUGAACUUGCUUUUAUCGAGAAUAAAACUGCAACACACGUAGCAAGCGUGUUCGAAAUGCUGUGGCUGUCGCGAUACCCGAGACCAUACAAAUGUAUUCACGAUCACGGAGGCGAAUUCAUUGGCGAAGCCUUUCAAGCAAAACUUGCUACUUGGGGAAUCCAUGAUGGCGGAACCACUAGCAAGAAUGCGACUGCAAAUGCGAUCUUUGCUGUUGAAGAAGUCAAGCGAGCUCUUGCUGCUUGCAACCAUGCAAUGAGAUGUGCUGUAUCGACAGCUUUGAUGAACAAUACUCCUGGUGAGACUGUGUUUCAUCGUGACAUGCUACUAAACAUUCCUGUGAUUGUCGACCUACUUUCUAUGCAGCAAAAGAGACAGUACAAGAUCAAUGAAAACUUGAGGAGACAGAACGCGAAGCGAAAAGAAUUUGAUUACAGAAUUGGUGGAGAAGUUUUGAUCAAGAAUACUGAUGGACGGAAGUUGGAUCCGAAGUACAGAGGUCCGUAUCCUAUUACAAAUGUUUACAAUAAUGGUACAGUGGAAAUUCAGCGCACAGAUGCGAUCGAACCACCUCUGAAGUUGAAUGGAGGAUCAAGUGGAUGUAAGGACGCCUUGUGA